GACUCACCCCGAGACUCAGCUCAGCCUGAGUGCAUACUGAAGUCCUACAUCAUCGCUCUAUAUCCCCAAGCCUACAACGAUGAAAAGGAUUUCGAACAUCAAAACUUGAGGGAACGUUUCGAGCCAGAGGGGAAAUGAAACGGGAAAUGAAAAGUGUCACUGGACAUUGAUCGUCAUCCUGAAGCUCAAUAUCUGGAGUUGCUGUUUGAGCAGUGCAGCAAGACGUCCCGAUGGAUCGUUCACUCCUCCCCAAACACAGCCAGACCCAGACGUCCCCGGCCCCCGAGGACAGCCGGACUGGGGAUUCAAGGCUUUCUCUGUUGGACAGUCCUGAUGAAGACAUGCUCUGUGCUCACACGACAGGAACAAAAGUCUUAUCAAAUGUUUUAAAGGCUCCUGAUGCGUUUCAUGAUGUCUCCAAACCUCACAACAGCACAGACUCAGACUGUUUAAAGCCUUCAGCCAUGAGCUGUAAUAUGUCUGUGUGUCCUUCCACACUAGAGAAUGAUUUCCGGGUCUGUGGUUGUUUGGGCUCAUUGCAUCUUUUACCUCAUCUAACCCAGAACCUCGUUUCCCUCAGACCUGAAUGUUUCUCUGAGCCCUACACUGGAAGCACUGAUACAUCACACUCUCCUGGGGCGACAUCAUUCAUUUCUGAGGGUUUGAUGGAGUCAUCCAUCACUGAGCUUCUCUUCAACCACAGCUCCAGCUCUGAACACAGUCCACCCACCUUGCUAACAUGUCCAUUAUCACUUCAGUCAGAAGGCUCACUUACAGGGCCUGUGUCAGAACUGAUUAUCUUUGAAAGUGACACACAAGGCUUUAUCCCGAAGGCCAGUGUAGCUCCCCAGGAGAUCAAAUGUCCCGAAUACCAAGCUGUUUCACAAACAGCGGGGGAAGAAGCAGGUGGUCACUCUAGUAAAAAUGCCUCAACGUGUGAUUCACCUGACGCGGUGACACCGCAUCGACAUGACUCUGUUAAGCAAAGAAAGCCCGGUGAUGAAUCAGGCAUGAGUCAGUACACGGGGCUUGGACCACCUGCUGUGGGUGCCUGUGACGUGGGCUUGAUGUUGGGAAGUGAUGCGAGUCAAAGAAAAGCAGAGGUCACAGGUCUGAGUCCGCACCCCGGGAGAAGCGACAGCCCGUCUGAGGUGUGGCAGGACGCGUGCCAGUAUCUGUCAGGAGAGGAUGUGAAGGAUCAGGACGUUCUGGACAAGAGGGUUCUCGCUGUGACGCAAGGAGGACUCUCCGCCACCAGCGACUUAACGUUUCACCCGGGAAAGACACAAGUGUCAGUUUACAACCCUGAAGCUGGCGACUGGAUUGGCUGGCCCAGCGAAAAGACCAGAAGACCCCCUGUGGAGAGGUGGUCGUCGGUGGACAGCUGGGCGAGCGCGCUCUCAGACUGGGCCGAGAUCAUCAGCGCUGCGCCGGAGGACGUCACGGCGGCCUGCACGGAGAUAGGUGCGGAGAUAGAGGCGCUAACGCAGGCGCUAGCAGAGGCUGACUCACCCGCAGGUGCAGAGGCAGCAGUGAAGGCGCAGUCGCAGACGCUGGAGGAAACCCAGAGCGGCCCGACGUCCUCUCACCGCUCCACGGACCAGCGCAGAAGCAUGGGUCCGGCUGAAGGUUCUGAAAGUUAUGGUGCAGAUGUGACUCCUACACUGAGCCCUGGAUCUACGUCCCCCGUAAAUCAGAGCAUUCCUCCGUUUGAUGGAUAUGUUGAAUACUUGGACACAGACAUUUUCCUCAGCAAUGGUGCAGGUGCAGUAAUUUUGAACAUUGUAGAAGAUACAGAUUUGGAGGCACAAAAUGCACCAAACAGAGAGCUGCUUGAAGAUGGACGUUGUGAAGUAACACAUGGGCACAGUGUCUGUCAGCAGGGUUCUGGUGCCGAGCAGGUUGAAGCUGGAGCCCAAUCCUCACCGGAGCUUCUUUUCCUCACCGCAGACGCUCUGACUCUGCCGUGCGUGGACCUACAAGCCUCCCUGCAUAUCCAUGCGACGGCUGACACGUUAGCCAACCUUGACGGAGCACGUCAGCUGGAGCCACAAAGCGGGGGUCCUGGGUUUAUUACACCCUUAGGUCCUCUGAGUUUCGGCUCUUCUCUCAUCCGUCAGGCAGCCGACGACUCGGAAGGAGACCGACCUCGGCCCGAGAGGCUUCGCACUGACAACGGGGACCUCGGUUGUGAUCACGUACAACCCUCCGCUCCGUGGCCAGCCUCAGAUGGAAUUACUGACAGAGCAUCUGCGGAAGGUGACGAGGAGCUUAUUCACAAAAAGGAAAACGCAGUCGAGUCCUCGCCAGAGGGACAAUGCAAACGCAGAGCGGACGCGUCUUUGUUUCUCCCCACUGAGCAAAAAAUAGCAAUCGAGGAUAUUCACGAACUGAGCAGAGAGCUGUCAAACCUGGCACCAGUGCCUGCAGAUCAUUUUAUCAUCUCAGAGGAGAACCAUGUUGCCUUUAUUACUUUAGAGUUAAAUGAUCCAUUUUUCUUCUGGACGCCUAAACCUCGAAGGACAGAUCUCCAAUUUGAGGUUGAUCGGGAAACGGUAGAAGAGAUGCCUCACAAAACCCACAAGAGCGCGGAGAGCAAAGCCCGCUCCAAAAAGGACAAAGCGGGCGGACAUCACCAUGGGCCUCAGGUGUCAAAGAAGCCCGAGGCUCCGCACGGUUCUGCCCAACACUCCAGCAACAAGCAGGACGCCCGUCCUCACGCCAGGGACGAUCACGCGCCUCCAGGGCCCGAAGACAGGGAGAAUGAGGCGCCCGAGCCGCACGCGGCCGCUGAGGCGGCUCCAAGCAAACCACAGGCCAAAAAGAAAAAGAAACAAGGCCAGAGCGCGGCAGCGCGGAGUCCGGCGCCGGCCGACGUGGAGACACCCAAGAGCGCCAAAGGACGGAUUGAGAUGUUUGAAGCCAAGCUGGGAGCGGCCGCUGGGAGAGCUGGGAAGGAGCGCGAUCGAGCAGACGGUACUGGGAGGAAGUCCCAGCAGACAGAGGACAAGGCUGCGCGGGGACAGCCCCCUCCCGACUGCAGGGAUCCGAAAGACGCGCCGCCCAAGAGCUGCGGCGCCGCCCUGCAGGACGACGUGGUCAAGAGGCGCCGCUUGUCCGGGGACAAGUUCGGGAAGAUCGUCAGCGUCCUGGAGCCGAAGGCGCCGGAGACGGGGGUUUGUGUGAAGGCGGAGGGAGACGAAGCCGAGCCGGAGGCCGGAGCCACUCGUAGGAAAGCCUACAGCGACGUGGUGAAACAGAAAGCCCCGCCUCCGGAAGAGCCCACGGUCGUGCAGCCGAUCCAGGCCGCGGCCGUGAGCGGCGACGCCCAGAGCCUGCGCCUGUGGUGCCAGUUCGCCCGCGCCUCCUGCGACCACACUGUGACCUGGAGCCGGGAGGGCGCCGUCCUGGCGGAGGUCCGGAGAAGUGCAGGGGACGAGAGCCGGGCGUCGCUCACCAUCUCCAACGCCUCUCACAAGGACCUGGGCAGGUACCACUGCAGCCUCAGCAGCCCGCGUGGGUCCACCAGCCUGGACUUCCUGCUGACGUAUGAAGUGCUCAGUGAAAUUGUCGUUCCUCCGUCUCCCAAAACCAUCACAUCCACUCUGGCGCCGGCGGGGAGCGAGGAGGAGGACGUCCACUGCUCCAGCCUGAUGUUCAACAACGACUUCCUGUCCGACCAGUACUUCGGCGAGAACCGCCCGGUCAGCAUCGUCACGGAGAAGGCCCACUUCGGCGAAGGCAUGCACCGGCGCGCGUUCCGGACCACGCUGCGGGCGGGUCGGAUCCCGCGGCUGGUGCCGGGGCACUCGUGCGUGCUCAAAGUGCACAACUCCAUCAGCUACGGGACCAAGAACAACGACGAGCUCGUCCGGAAGAACUUCUCCCUGGCUGUGGAGGAGUGUCAGGUGCAGAACACGGCGAGGGAGUACAUCCGGGCCUACAAUGCUGUGGCCCAGUCCACCGGCGCCUUCGGAGACGUCCCAGAGAUCAUCCCCAUCUACCUGGUCCACCGCCCGGCCAACGACAUCCCGUACGCCACGCUGGAGGAGGAGCUCAUCGGCGACUUCGUCAAGUACUCGGUCAAGGACGGCAAAGAGAUCAACCUGAUGCGGCGCGACUCCGAGGCCGGGCAGAAGUGUUGCGCCUUUCAGCACUGGGUCUACGAGACGACGGAAGGGAACCUGCUGGUCACUGAUAUGCAGGGGGUGGGGAUGAGGCUCACUGACGUGGGAAUAGCCACCUGUAAGAAAGGGUACAAGGGGUUUAAAGGAAACUGUGCCACUUCCUUCAUUGACCAAUUCAAAGCCUUGCACCAGUGCAACCGCUACUGUGAGAUCCUGGAGCUCACGUCCCUGCAGCCCAAAGCCAAAAAGCCCGCGUCAGCGCCGAAACCCAAAGUCCAAGCGUGUGCUGCCCCCAAGAAGAAAGUGCCUGGGCCCACGGUCAGAGGCAAGACAUAACAGCAGGGGGUCUGGGACUGAAGGAGCCCAGCUGGGAGAGUGGAGACAACCAAGCUUGAUGAGAUGUGAUGUGAGAUGGUGAAAGUAGGAGAGGGAGCUGCUGUGAGAGACGCAAUGAACACUUGAGUUUGUCUACACCAUCGAACUGUGAUGUCUUAGCUCACUUUGUUACUGAAUCAUGAUUAGUUUUGAUCAAAUACUUGUUUUUUCUACUGUGAUGUUUUCAAACUAUUAGUUCGUUAAAUUAACGAACUUGUUAAUUGAUUGGAGAAAAUGUCUAAAGUAGGUUGUGUGAGAGGUUGCAGCGACUCGGCUCGGACAGUGUGAAUGGGUCAUUUGAGUUUGAUUGUGAGGUGAUUAUAUUUAUUUAAUGUCAUUAGAAUGUUUGUAUUUAAUGAAGCUACUGAUUUACACAUAAAUAUGAUGUAAAGUAUCUGUUUAAAUGUACUCAGAGGAAGUAUUUUAGAUUUAUCUGGGACAUACUACAUACUGUAGACUGUGCUGCACUGGUUCAGUCAUGUUAAGCUCACAAGUUUGACUCAGAAUCUUUGGCUCUCGGGCCGGAGCUACAACCAGUGUGUAUAAACAAACUGCACAUCGACGCUAUUAAACUGAUUUGAUGCUU